GCUUCUGACUUGCUAUUUGGAAUAUAAUCUCUUUCCUGUUCAACCGUGUUCUGAUUUGGGGACUUGUCGAGUGAAUCGGUGUCCGAGAAUACUAAGCAAUAGGAAUAGCUGGGUCAUAACCGUAAGAAGAAAGAGUUAUAACAGUGGCGACGGGGAAAAAGGAAAACAAAUUCAAGAUGCCUAUAUCAGAUGACCAGCUUAACCGAAUACUACAACAACAGCAAGCACAACUUGAUGCACAAAUGCGGUUGUUGGAGACUCUGACUCAACAGCUCAACAUCCACAGCUCGAGUUCACAUGCUAUUUCAAGUACGUCUUGUGAUGCAGUUGCUAGCAGCAUCCCAGAAUUCAUCUAUGAUCCCGAAAGUGGAAAUACUUUUCUCACGUGGUUCAACGUUGGGAAGAUACAUUUAGAACAGAAUUCUGUAACCAAGACGAUGCGUGGAAGACCCGAUUGUUGGUACGUAAGUUGGGAAGCAACGAACAUGCACGUUUUGCUGACCAUAUAUUGCCAAAGUUACCUCGAGAGCUCAGUUUCGAGGAGACGGUAUUUCAGUUGUCAGAGAUAUUCGGCGAGUCAUCCUCGUUGUUUAGUAUUCGAUAUCGGUGUCUAAAUUUGGUGAAACGCGAAGCUGAUGAAUAUGGUGUUCUAGCAGACAUUGUCAACAGAGAAUGUGAACGUUUCAAGUUACGCUCGUUGACUGAUGACCAAUUUAAAUGCUUAAUAUUCAUCAAAGCUCUUCAGUCACCACAAGAUGCUGAGAUCAGGACUAGACUUUUUGCUCGACUGGAUCAAGACCCAAACGUCACACUCAGAACAUUGACAGAUGAGUGUAAGCGUCUACAAAGCAUCAGACACGACAACGAGUUGAUUGAACAGGUUAAAAGUUCAGAAGCCGGUAACAACUCGUAACAAACCAAGGACUGCAUGCUGGUUAUGCGGUGAUUGGCAUUAUGCACGAUUCUGUCCGUUCAAGAAGCAUAAAUGUCAGGCGUGCAACAAACGUGGACAUAAAGAAGGUCAUUGUCCACCGAAGCGUACGUCUCAGCCUAAGAAGAAGCAUAAACGUCCUCGACAUGUGAAAUCAGCCGAGUCGAAAUCUCUUUCUCUGGUAGCUGCCUUUCAAACAAACUAUGACAUUCGGAGAAAAUAUGUUACCAUCCAGAUAAACGGCAUAUCAGCUCGUCUUCAAAUUGACACGGCAUCAGAUAUCACGUUAGUGUCUAGAGAAACGUAUAACUUGCUGGGUAAACCGCCAAUGAAGCCAUCUAAGAAAACGGCUAAAAACGCAUCAGGUGGUGUGCUAAAACUGGUUGGUGAAUUACAGUGUGAAUUUUCCUUCAAUGGAACUAACUGUACAGGAAUAUGUUACCUAACAGAACGGCCGAACCUUGAUCUUCUUGGUCUAGAUAUGUUAGACAAACUUGGAAUAAUGGAUAUACCAAUUAACAGUGUCUGUAACGUAUCGUGUUCAUCAUUGGACAGCCCAGUACUUCCAAAGAAGACAGGUGAAAGGUUACUAGAAAAACUGAAAAGAAAGUUUGCCUCUGUUUUUCAGAAUAGCCUUGGCCACUGUACCAAGAUGAAAGCGCAUUUACCAGUAAAACCAGAUGCCAUACCUAUUUUUCGCCCGAGACGUCCUGUACCAUAUGCUGCUCUUGAGCUAGUCGACCAGGAACUUAAUCGCUUGCAACAGGCUGGUGUAAUCCGACCAGUUAACUACUCUGCAUGGGCCGCACCGAUCGUAGUGAUUAAGAAGGCCAAUGGGACUAUACGCAUAUGUGCCGAUUUCUCGACCGGUUUAAAUGCUGCAUUAGAUGUAUAUCAAUAUCCCUUACCAGUUCCUGAAGACCUGUUUGCCAAGCUUAAUGGUGGGACAUGUUUCGCGAAAAUAGACUUCUCUGAUGCUUAUCUCCAAGUGGAAGUAGAUGAAGAUAGUAGAGAGCUUCUGACUAUUAACACUCAUCGAGGGUUAUUUCAAUACACUCGUCUACCAUUUGGCAUCAAGACCGCACCCGCCAUCUUUCAGCAAAUAAUGGAUACGAUGCUAACAGGUAUACCUGGUACAGCAGCUUAUCUAGAUGAUAUCAUAGUUAUGGGUUCAACUGAUAGUGAACUUUCUGAUCGACUACACCAAGUCCUUAACCGAGUGUUGGAGUAUGGUUUCCAACUACGUGAGGAAAAAUGUAUCUUCUUCAUGCAUUCGAUCAAAUACCUUGGUUUUAUCUUAGAUAAGAACGGUCGCCGACCAGACCCUGCCAACAUCGAAGCCAUUCAGAAGAUGCCUGCACCAACUGAUGUUUCUUCAUUAAGAUCCUUCUUGGGGUUAAUCAGUCAUUACAGCACAUUCUUGCCUGAAAUGCAUCGAGUGAGAGGUCCCCUAAAUGAAUUACUAUCGAAAGAUAAACCUUGGCAGUGGUCAGCAGAAUGUCAAGCAUCUUUUGACAGAGUCAAAUCAAUGCUCAGCUCAAAGAUUCUUUUGACGCACUUCGAUCCCAGCUUGGAAAUUGUUGUUGCAUCUGAUGCCUCUAGUCAUGGAGUUGGAGCAGUGAUAUCUCACGUGUUUCCGGAUAAAUCAGAAAAGACAAUUGCCCAUGCUGCUAGAUCACUUACUCCAGCCGAGCGAAACUACAGCCAAAUUGAAAAGGAAGCUCUUGCAAUCAUUUUCGCAGUCAAAAGAUUUCAUAAAAUGCUCUAUGGUCGUACAUUUACUCUACUGACAGAUCACAAACCUUUGAUUGCAAUCUUUGGUUCUAAGAAAGGAAUCCCUGUCUAUACGGCUAAUAGACUACAGCGCUGGGCAACAAUGCUCCUGAGUUAUGAUUUUAAUAUCAAGUAUCAGUCGACAAAUACUAUCGGUCAAGCUGACGCUCUCUCCCGAUUAAUUGGAGUUCAACAUCCUGGACCAGAGGAUAUAAUCAUUGCCUCCACAGCAGUAGACCCAGAAAUACGAAGUAUAGUGGCAGAUGCCAUUCGAAACACUCCAGUGUCGUCAGAUGAAGUCAGGGAAGAAACGCUUCGAGACCCAACACUACAAGAAGUUAGAAAGUUCCACCUAGAAGGGUGGCCCUCGAAAAUCAGUUCCACAGAGCUUCAACAGUUUUACCAGCGAAGACUCUCUCUUUCAAUCAUCGAUGACUGUCUGCUGUUUGCCGAACGUGUCAUAAUUCCCAAGAAGCUACAACCAGCAGUGCUUGAACAGUUGCAUGCAGGACAUCCUGGAAUAAAUCGCAUGAAAGCACUAGCACGAAGUUAUGUAUACUGGCCGCAUUUAGACACCCAACUGGAGCAGCUAUCCCGUUCGUGUACCAAAUGUGCAUUAGCAACAAAAGCACCGCGAAAAGCAGAGCUGCAAUCAUGGCCAAUACCACAGUUACCGUGGCAGCGUAUACAUUUGGACUUUGCUGGUCCACUUCAUGGACAAACUUACCUUUUGGUGGUUGAUGCAUAUAGCAAGUGGCCAGAAAUUUUUCUCAUGGAACACCCGACUGCAAGCUGCACAGUCAGUAAACUACGUCAACUAUUCAGUCGUUUUGGAAUCCCGGAAUUGAUAGUUAGUGACAACGGAACACAGUUUACGUCCGAAUCUUCUCACAAUUUUGUCGGCAGAACGGAAUCCAGCACCUGCGAACACCUCCAUUCCAUCCCCAAUCAAAUGGCCAAGUGGAACGCUUUGUGAGUACAUUUAAAAAUGCUCUAAAAAAAUCCAAAGGGGAAGGGACCACUGAAGAUAUCUUAGAGAGGUUCCUGUUUAUUUAUCGCUCUACACCGAACCCUCAGACAAUUAACGGGGUCUCUCCAGCAGAAGCUCUACUUGGCAGAAAGAUACGAACACAUUUCGAUGUCAUCCGUCCUACGCCAGCUAUUGAACCCCAACGAAACCUAUCGAUGGAGAAUCAGUUUAACCGACAUCAUGGGGCACAAAGACGAUUGUUCACGGUGGGACAAAAAGUGCUUGCUAUGGACUAUCGUGGGAAACAUCCUACAUGGACAGCUGGUCGGAUCGUGAAAAAGAAGGGGAGUGUGGUUUACGAGGUGUCAGUUGGCUCGGAAGUUUGGGUACGUCAUGCUAACCAAUUGAAAGCAACUUCGAUAGCCAGCAACAAGAUUCAAUAUCGAUUACCUCUUGAUGUUCUGCUAGACACCUUUGAAAUCAAAACGCCGGGAAUAGACACGUCAGUUUCUGUGCAAGAAAAGAGUGAUACUUCUCUAUUGCCUAGACGAUGGACUAAUCGAAAGCACAGGCCAGUCACUCGGUUGCAGUUGGACCCUAGCACCAGAUCCUACGAAUCUGCUCAAAGGGGAGGUGUUAGCGGGACAUAGACUAGAUUAAAGCAUGCUCAAUGCAUGAUUGCUUUGGUGCACGCUGAUUGGCUAAUUCUUAUCCAAUCAGCACUAGUCGAUAGUUGGAGAAUACUCUAGAAUCUUCUCAUGUAAAAAACUAUAAAUAUACUGACGUUUUCUCUAUUGUGCUUCUGACUUGCUAUUUGGAAUAUAAUCUCUUUCCUGUUC